AUGUCCCCCGAGGUUUCCGUCUUGCCUUCGCAUACGCCUGCUCGUUUACAGCGAAUCCUUCAAGCCAACGCGCUUCUCCUCGCCUUGCAUGCGUUCGCGCUCAUGGCCGUCGCACCUUCACUCGCAAGCCUUCUUAACCUUCCAUCCCCAACAAUCGUUCGCAUCAUCGGUUUCGUCCUUGCUCUAGCAGCUGCCUUACUCUUCAGUCUAGCAUUGAGGCAACCGUUUUCCACCCGCACUGCCGCACUCGUCGCCGUUGCGGAUGCACUAGCCGCUAUUGUUGUCGCGCUCUUUGCCGCAAGAAAUAGCCUCUUGCACACUUUGGAAGGGAUAAGCACCGCCGUUGUUGGUGUCGCCUACGCAUGCUUCGCCAUCACAUUGGCCAUUGUCGUGACAAAGUCUCAUCGUGGCUAUCAACAACCAGAGGUGAUCGCCGUGUAA